UGCUUUCGCUCUCUCGGCGGUAGUAAAGCAUCGUGGGUCUGUGUUUCCCGUCCGGAAGCUUUUCAGGGUCGGACUCAGCCGGAAAGAAAUUGGUUUGGGGACUUGGAUGAGAGGAAAAAGGGAUUCACACCGGUAGGAGCAGCGAGGGAGAAGGGAGGCCGCCUUUCUGAGUCCCGUGGUGUUGAUUUGUGAGGCAAAGCCUGUCUUUAGAAGAUCGAGGAGGUGAAUAAUUGACUCUUGCUCUCAUUCUCUGCCUCCUUCCUGAAGGGGGUUUGCCAGAGAGGUGCCCAGAGGGCCUUUCAGAGGACAGUAUUGACACUGACACCUCCUCUGGUCAGAUUUGGAGCCUCUCCUGUGGGCCUGCAUCUGUAAGGCUUCCUUGUGUGUCUGUAAGACCUUGGGGAGGGGUCUCCUCGCCUUCCCAGGACGACGGCUUUGGACUACGUCUGUGACAUGUCCCCCAUCACUUCCUGCAAGGACAGCAGCCGCCAACGCCGGCCUGGCAGCUACCAGAGCUCCCUGGACGUCCUGAAGAACGACGCUUCAGGCCUGGAUUUCUACGAAGAUGGCCCUGCUGGGGCAGGUGCCGGCGGAGACCGAGAGGCCCUGCUUGGAGAACCCAAUUCUAGGCCUCUCGGGCACCCUCAAGGCUACCGAGCAGAGCUGGGCAGCAUCCUACUCCUCCUUUUCCUAUACAUCUUGCAAGGCAUCCCUUUGGGCCUUGCGGGCAGCAUCCCACUCAUCCUGCAGAGCAAGAACGUGAGCUACAAGGACCAGGCUUUCUUUAGCUUCGUCUUUUGGCCGUUCAGCUUGAAGCUCCUCUGGGCCCCCUUGGUGGACGCCGUCUACUUCAAGAGCUUUGGCCGGCGCAAGUCCUGGCUGGUGCCCACUCAGUACACCUUGGGCCUCUUCAUGAUGUACCUCUCCAUGCAGGUGGACUCUCUGCUCGGGGGAGCAGACGGCAAGAGUCCCGACGUGCUAGCCCUCACUGUCACCUUCUUCUUGUUUGAGUUUCUGGCGGCCACUCAGGAUAUCGCAGUGGAUGGCUGGGCGUUGACUAUGUUGUCCCGGGAGAAUGUGGGCUAUGCGUCCACUUGCAACUCUGUAGGCCAGACAGCUGGCUACUUCCUGGGGAAUGUCUUGUUCUUAGCACUUGAAUCAGCUUCUUUUUGCAACAAGUAUUUGCGUUUUCAGCCUCAACCCCAAGGAAUUGUUACACUUUCAGAUUUCCUCUUUUAUUGGGGUGCUGUUUUCUUAAUAACAACCACCUUGGUAGCACUCUUGAAAAAAGAAGAUAAGAAAAUUACUCCAUCCAGAGAAGAAACAAAAGGCAUAAUGGAUACAUACAAGCUGCUUUUCUCAAUAGUUAAAAUGCCUGCAGUCCUAACAUUCUGUGCCAUGAUUUUAACUGCAAAAAUUGGAUUCUCAGCAGCAGAUGCAGUAACAGGACUCAAACUGAUAGAAGAAGGAGUACCUAAAGAACACUUAGCUCUCCUUGCUGUUCCAAUGGUUCCACUGCAAAUCAUAUUGCCUCUGAUUAUCAGCAAAUAUACAGCAGGUCCACAGCCUCUGAAUACAUUUUACAAAGCUAUGCCAUUUAGAUUACUGUUUGGAUUGGAAUUUGCUUUCUUGGUGUGGUGGACUCCUAACGUUAAAUAUGAGGGAGGCUUUCCUAUCUAUUACUACAUUGUAUUGCUGCUGAGUUAUGCCUUACACCAGGUCACGGUUUACAGUAUGUAUGUUGCAAUCAUGGCUUUCAAUGCUAAAGUUAGUGACCCACUUAUUGGGGGGACGUAUAUGACACUACUUAACACAGUGUCAAAUCUGGGAGGAAACUGGCCUGCCACUGUAGCCCUUUGGCUUGUGGACCCACUUACAGCAAAGGAGUGCAUUGGAGUUCAAGGACACAACUGUGCCACUGCAGCUGCUACAGAACUUUGUUCCAAAGCAGGUGGAUCCUGUGUUAUUACCUUGGACGGUUAUUACGUUGAGUCUCUGGUAUGCGUCGCUUUGGGAUUUGCUUGGUGGCUGUUUCUUGGACCUAGAUUCAAAAAGCUCCAGGAUGAAAGAGCAUCUUCAUGGAAAUGCAGGAGAACAAGUUAAUGGAAACGGAAGACUGGAAAGAAUGAGAAAAAUGUUAUAUAUGGGGAUAAAAUAAUACAUAUUGGAAAAUGGUCAGUUUACUCAUGCCAAAUGACUUUAUGACAAAAGUAAGGCCAGGAAAGUCGUAUAUGGGUCAGUGAUAAAGUUUGCCCUCACCAUCCAGAAUUCAUCUUAAGAUUUUUAAAAAGUAAUCAAAAUCUCCAGUACUUUUUAAAAACUUCAAUUGACCGUUUGCUAUCUUCUGGUCGAUUUAUUUAACAUUACCUCAGAACAAAAAAAAAAACCACCUGAAUAGGGUACAUCAACAUUUUGAUUAAUUAUAAGCUUUGAAUGUAUAUAGUAAAAAGUUAUUCAAAGGAGAAAUAUUUUUCUUUUAAUUUUUUAUAAUUUAGGUCAUGAUUAUACUUUGUAGGAGAAAACACUUAGCAGAAACUUCUCUUACGUGUAUUUUUCUGGCUGCUAGAAGCUUUAAAGAUUUAUAAGAGAAAUAUUUUUAUAAUAGCUUUUUUAAAAAAACAAAACACACACACACACUUUACUUCAAAGGCACUUUGAUUUGCAAAUAUUUUCUUUAGCAUAAGUAUGAAGAUGUGUGUGAAUAAGCUCAUGGGAUGCUAAAUUGUCAUGAGCAGCAAAGAGGCCAGAAAGCAUUGGUACCAGUACUGAGGACAAAGCUUUCAAAAGAGGAACAAGAAUGAUAUCCGUGAGUUCGGUUUCAGUGUAAAAAAACCAAAUAUAUAGAUUCUUAAGAAAUGAAUACACUUUAAUAGUGUAUGGAACCCAAAAGGAGCAGGAUAAAGAGACUGUGACUGUGUCUCUUUAUUGUGGAAAUGCUGCUCAAGAGCAGGCAUGAGAUUUUGAUGUACAUCGUUCAACCAUUCCACAGAUGCUACAAAUCUGUAGCAGAUAAAGUCGUUCAUUACAAUGAUCCUUGUUAAGUGGAAAUGUUUGCUUUAGUGCCUUAAUGAUGUACAGGAAAGGGGCACUGUAUGGAUAUGUUGUCAAAGGCUUUCAUGGCCAGAAUCACUGGGUUGCUGUGAGCUUUCUGGGCUGUAUGGCCAUGUUCCAGAAGCAUUCUCUCCUGACGUUUCACCCACAUCUAUGGCAGGCAUCCUCAGAGGUUGUGAGGUCUCUUGGACACUAGGCAAGUGAGGUUUAUAUAUCUGGAAUAUCCAGGGUGGGAGAAAUAAUUCUUUGUCUGUUGGAGGCAAGUGUGAAUAUUGCAAUUAAUCUCCUUGAUUAGCAUUGCAAAACCUUGCAGCUUCAAGGUCUGGCUGAUUCCUGUCUAGGGGAAUGCUUUGUUGGGAGGUGUUAGCUGGCUCUGAUUGUUUCAUGGAUCACUCUAACAACCACUACGUUAGACAACAUAGAGAAGCCAUUGAAAUCCACAAGCAUGUGGACAUUUUCAACAGAAAGGCAGAAACCAUGAACAUGAACAAAAUCUGGCUACCAGUAUUUUAAAAAACUAAAAUCAGGACAGUAAAUAAAGAGAAACAUUCUAAAAACGGGGGAAUUCCAGACAUGAAACAAUCAGGGCCAGCUAACACCUUCCAACAAAGGAAUCCCUCAAGCAGGAAUCAGCCAGGCCUUGAAGCUACAAGGCUUAGUAAUGCUAAUCAAGGUGACUAAUUGUAGCAUUCACACUUGCCUCCAACAGACAAGUGUUCUUUCUCCCACCCUGGACCUUCAACAGAUAUAUAAACCUUCCUUGCCUAGUUUCCAAUAUACCUCACAACCUCUGAGGAUGCCUACCAUAAAUGUGGGCAAAACAUCAGGAGAGAAUGCUUCUGAAACAUGGCCAUACAGUCCGGAAAACUCAGAGCAACCCACUGUAUGGAUGUUUGUUUGUUUUUUUACAUUUUUCACAUUAAAAUACUUUCAAAAGAUGUGACAGCCUAAUGUCAUACUUCUGAUGCUGUUAUGAAAUGCUGAAAUAUUAAUAUCAAUUUUGUCUCUGUUUUAUUGGUUAUUUCAAAAAGUCACUUCUUUCUGAAAUGUAUAUUGAUUUUUGAUUCCGAGUGAAUCUCUAGGAUUUAUAUUGCACAAGUUUUUUUUCUUAUAAAACUCUUUUUAGAGUGUAAAUAAACCUUAAGUCUAGGAAAAGGAAGCGAAAUAUCUUAAGCACACUUUCUUGAGAGAGUGGCUCUUGCUUCCUAGGAACAGAUUGGGAUUCUAGUAUCAGAAGGAGUUCUAUCACUAUCAGCACAAGUUCUUUAGACUUAAUUUGGUCUGUUUUAAUCACCAUUUAAGGAGCAAAACAAUCCAGUUAAAUGAAAUAUAGAUAGUGAAUCUGUUCUGAAUUUUAGUGGCAGUAUUGACGGUUAUGUCCACAGUCCAAGGCUGAUCUCCAGGAAAGGGUUAUCACUUUGAAUAGCUCUUUUAAAGUUCAAACCAUUCCCUAGAAAUUGACAUGGAAGGGGUGCAUAACCAAGUCAUUAAUAAAAUAGACACUAAAAGCUAGAUUUACCUCAGAAUAUUGUUGGUAAUUGCUUUAUAGAUUUCAGUGGCAGACUGAAACCUUGAAACUCUUAUAAAAACAAUUUUAAUUGAGAGAGUGGCAUUUCUUAUGGCUAUCCCAUAUAUGAUUAUUUAGAGCAGUCCUGGAUUUUCCCUAUAACUUUAAAAUAGCUCCAUAUGAAAAAAGUUUCAAGGUUGUUGCUCAUCAUGAAAUUGAUAAUCCAAUUCAUAAUAUGAUUUACUCUGAUGCACUUGAACUAUAUUAAACGCAAGUAACAGUGUUUAAUUGGCUAGUCACUUAGUUUAUAUGUUUCCUAAGUUGAGCGACUUGUUGCAUUCUGCGUCACAGAAUUUGAGAGUUAAGUUUUCUCCCCUUGGCAUGUCAUUGUAACAUAGCGAUGGCAUAUAAAUAUAUAUUUAAUAUACCGACCUGUUUACUUGAAUGAAAAAUGCUUAGUGCUUUGGCUAUAUUCUCAUUUUAUUUCAUUGUUGACAAUAAUCUGAUUUCGUUUGCCUUGUGUUUGAUCCAAAUGAGCGCAAAUAAAAUAAUACUAGCUUCAGUGCUAUAUGCAUAGAGUAGUUCAUUAGUGGGUAUUUGGAUGCCUUGAACAUGUAUUUAUUAUAAUUCUAUUUUUUUGUUUUGUUUUGUCACAGCAUAAAUAAAAGACCUAGUAACAAAAACUUCAUUCCUUAUCUCUAGGUAGCAUUUGGGGUGGGAACAUUUCUAGGAAAGAGUACUGGGUUCCUGAACAUGCACAAAAAAAAUCAUUUCCGUAUUACUGUUUAUACAGUGUGCCAAUAUAAAUAAAGUUUAUGCAUUUUUAAAAAUCU